AUGGAGAAUGGUUCUUCACCACCAUCAUCAUCAUCCCAUCAAAACCCUAGCAGUACCCUUUUCGCUACCUCUGUUUCCAAGAUGAAGCAUGUCAUACUUGAAUUCAAGAAGAUUGGAGAAGAUGAUCCGAGAAGGAUUGUACACUCGUUGAAGGUGGCAUUAGCCAUCACAUUGGUCUCCAUGGUUUACUAUCUUCAGCCCUUCUAUAACGGCAUGGGUGAAGCCGGAAUGUGGGCUAUCUUGACCGUCGCUGUGGUUUUUGAGUACACCGUCGGUGCAACUUUCAGCAAAGGUAUGAAUAGAGGUUUUGCAACUCUAAUAGCCGGUGCAUUAGGUCUUGGGGCCGAAUCCUUUGCCAGCUUAUUCGGGACCAUCGUUAAGCCGAUUGUUAUCGGUUGCCUUGUCUUCGUCUUAGUUGCUUGUGCCACAUUUUCAAGAUUCAGUCCUGCAAUUAAGAGAAGAUACGAUUAUGGGAUUUUGUUAUUUAUUUUGACUUUUAGCAUGGUGGCUGUUACGGGUUAUCGGGUUGAUAAAAUCAUGAAGUUUGCUCACCAACGCUUAUCAACGAUCAUUUUCGGUGGUGUAACGUGUAUAAUCGUCACCAUAUGUAUUUGUCCCGUGUGGGCUGGUGAAGAUCUGCAUAACCUCAUUGUUCUUAACUUGGAGAAGCUCGCAAGCUUCCUAGAAGGAUUUGGGGGUGAAUACUACAGAACUUUUGAGGGUGACAGAUCAUUUCUAACAUCUUAUAAAAGUGUCUCUAAUUCUAAACUUGCGGAAGAAUCUUUGGCAAAUUUCGCAUGGUGGGAAGUAGGGCAUGGAAAAUUUCUCUUUCGUCAUCCGUGGAAACAAUACUUGAAGAUUGGGGUUUCCACACGACGAUGUGCAUACCAUAUCGAAGCUCUCAAUGGAUAUCUUGAUGCAGUUGAAGUGCCUUCAGAAUUUCAGAAAACAAUUCAAGAACCAUUGAUGAAAGUGAGCUCAGAAGUAGGAAAAGCUUUGAAAGAAUUAGGGUUAUCGAUGAAACUAAUGAUGCAUCCUUCUGCUUCAGCUAUUCAUAUGGAGAACUGCAAAAGGGCAGUAGACGAACUCAAUAUCACAUUACAAGCUUCAAUGAUAGAGAAGUGGGACAUGGUAGAAAUGAUAGCGGUUAUCGCAACCGUUUCAACACUAUCCGAUGUCAUAAAAUGUGUCGAAACGAUUUCUGAGGAUAUCGAAGAACUCUCUAAACAAGCCCUCUUCAAGAAGCCCAAGGACAUCGCAAUCGAUCAAAAUGGGACUUUUCAUGAUGAUAAAAGAGACUGGACGGCUAUAACAGUUUCUAAUAUGCCUGGAAAUGUUGCCGAAUUAAG